AUGUAUUCUGUAAAUGACCUAUGUGAUCAUAUUAUUAAGUUUUCUAAAGAUCGACUUUUACAAAAGCAUCCAAGAGAUGAUUACCGAGAGUUACUAGAAUUAACAGUCAUUUUUUUGGGUGGAAAACUUUCAAGUGAUAUCAGCUUUAAAAUACCAGGUGCUAUUCAUCACGCUCGGUGCAUGGCCAAAGCUAUUUAUAGUUUAAAAAUAUAUUUAUUUUGUGAACAGAUUAGAUCAACACUCAAAGAAGAAAGUGCCUUAAAGAGUAUUUGGAUUUUUACUGCACGAUUAUACAUAAAAGUAUGGUUUAAUUCACCAUCUUCAGUCAAAGCACUUUUACAAGACUUGACUUUUUAA